AUGGUGUUAAGUCGAAAGAGACCACUCUUCCUCCUCUCCCAAUUCCUCCUCCCCCCUACCCUCAAAGAUUUGCCGGGAAAAAGCUUGAUGAUCAAUUUCACAAGUUUUUGGGAAACCAUUAGCAUGCUUUAUGUGUCAUUGUCUUUCACCGAGGCACUCAAACAAAUGCCUCACUAUUCUAGAUUCAUGAGAGAUAUUCUUAGUUGCAAGAGAGGUUGUGAAGAAAAGGAGACCGUGCAACUCAGGGAGAGUUGUAGCGCCCUAAUUCAACACUCCUUUCCCCCAAAACUCAAUGAUCCCAGGAGUUUUUCUAUCCCUUGUAGCAUUCAAAAGCUCAAAUUUGAUAAUGCUCUUUGUGAUUUGGGGGAAAGUGUGAGCAUCUUGCCAUAUAAGACCUAUGAGAAGCUCAAUCUAGGUGAUCUCUCUCCUACCGCUAUGUCAUUGCAACUAGCCGAUCGAUCGGUUAUGUUGCCAUUGGGUAGGAUUGAGGAUGUUCCCCUCGUUGUUGGCAAGCUCACUUUCCUUGUUGACUUCGUCGUCUUGGACAUAGAUGAGGAUGCCCAUACCCCCAUUCUCUUAGGGAGGCCAUUUUUGGCCACCGCGGGGGCUCUUAUCGAUGUGCAAGGGGGACUAAUCACCUUGAAAGCGGGGGAUUCAAAAGCUAGCUUCAAGCUUCCCCUUGGUGAAUGA